AACAACACACUUGUCCCCAUAAAUACUCUUCAAAACGUCUCACGACUCUCCGUUUUGUUUUCUCUCUCACUUAGUCUUCAGAGUGCAGCAGGCACAAGAACAUGUCUCGAAGAGGAUCCAAGAGAGUGAGCUUUAGUCCGGACCCUGAAGGAGGGAACGAAGAACCCGUCUAUCCAACACACAACGGUCGUCGGAGAGCCGUCGGAGGCGGAGUUUUCCGUUUCCACGUCAGGAGCUCGCCAACAGCGAGGAGAUUACUCAGGCGUAUUGGAGCCGGAGUCGCCAAAACGAUGCGUUUUAUGUCACUGGGAAGGAAGAGUAGUAGUGGUAGUAGUAACACCACUUCGACGCCGUCUACUUCCUCUUUGUCUUGUUCCUCUUCAUCGUCUAUAUAUUUGGUGAAGUCAAAGUCUGUCAACGAGUCAGAGUCUCACCGUGCAGAAGCCAUUGAGGACUGCAUCGAGUUCUUACACUCUUCUUCCUCUCUGUCCAGAUCAAACUCCAUCUCUGCCUGGUCUUGCUAAAUUUAUGUUUUGACUCAGCUUCGGGUCCUCCUCCAUUUUGUGAUGUAAAAGAGCUGAAACUGCAUAGAUCAGUUGAUUGAUUAUAUCUCUCUUUUUCCUUCUUUUUUAGAGUCUCAAUGACUCAUUUAAGAUGGUGUUACUACAAUUUCGUUAUAAUUCCUCAGACAAUAAACCACUUCUUGUCUUUUAUUUCGACAUAAAAAAGAUAAAAUCAUUCGGUAAAUAAUUAAGACAUUUGUUUAUUACCAUC